GUCGUGCUAUCAGACCGUACAUACCUAACCCUCUUCUCCUGGUCCGUAAAGUCAAAGCAAGGUAUAGAGCAGACGCAUUCUUCAUAUAUUCACUUCUUUUUCUUUGGUCAACGAAGUCCUGCUGGAAAAAAAGAACGAAGUCGAUCCACUCUCGAAGCAGCAUUCGCCGCCUAAAGAACAACUUUGAAAACACUCGUUGAGAGGAAGGCCGAAUCACCUACAACCACCUUCACACUUCUAGAGAGAGUUGCUUUGCCACCAUGUCGAGCGGAAAGAAGCUUUUGGACAUGCACGAUGUGUAUCAUCAGGGCUCUCGAACUUCCGGUCAAUUGAGGAUCCUGGACACUGGACUCGGGUGGAAAUGCACGGACGAGAGGGAACCCGUAGUGACCUUCGCAGGCAGGGAGAUCAAGGCGGCCCAGUGGCAGAGGGUGGCAAGAGGUUAUGAGCUGAGGAUCACCCUAGUGGACCCUAAAGACCCGCGGAAGGAAGGGACAAGGCAUAGGUUCGAUAACCUCAAGGGAGCCGACUUCGAUAUCGCGAAAAAGGCGAUUCAUGGAGUGACAAAUGGGGAGAUUGAGCUGGAGCACAAGGACGUCAGUGUGAAAGGUUGGAACUGGGGCAAGAUGGAUGUAAGAGCCAACGACCUAGCUUUCCUGGUUCAACAACGAGUCUCGUUCGAGAUUCCCUUGACCUCGAUCUCCAAUUCGAACAUGGCAGGCAAGAACGAGGUCGCCCUCGAUUUCAACCCUCCUCCUGUUGUCCCCACCCCGCCUGGUGUAAAACCCGAAAGACCCGCCGACGAGCUCGUCGAGAUGAGGUUUUACAUUCCUCAACGCGGAUCGGGGAAGAAGAGCCGUGCAGGGUCUCAAGCGUCGGGUGACGAAGAGGACGAAGAGGUUGACCCGGACGAUGCGGCUCUGGAUUCCGAUGGCAACGAGAUCAGCGCGGCGGAAUUGUUCCACAAGACGAUCAUGGAUCAGGCUGAACUUGGAGAACAGGCUGGGGAUGCUAUCGCUUCGUUUGUCGACGUUUCCGUCGUUACCCCGAGAGGACGAUACGAGAUCGAGAUGCACGAGGAACAUUUGCGGCUGCACGGAAAGACGUACGACUACAAGGUGCUCUACAAGCACAUCCACCGACAGUUCUUGCUGCCCCGAGCGGACCAGAUGUAUCAGCAACUUAUUGUCGGGCUGGAUCCUCCUCUUCGACAGGGCCAGACCAAGUAUCCUUGGUUGAUCAUGCAAUGGGACGUUUCAGAAGAGAUUGACGUCGAGCUCAACAUCGAAGACGAAAAGAUCGAGAAGGAUUAUCCUGGAAUGGCCAAGAGCUAUUCAGCACCUACUUACGAGAUUACGUCUGUCCUCUUCAAACGGUUAGCUAAGAAGCCCAUCACGGGUCCAGGCGAUUUCCGAAGCUCGGCCGAUCUCGGGUGUAUCAAGUGUAACGUCAAGGCGAUGCAGGGAGAGUUGCACUUUUUGGACAAGUCGAUGCUGUUCGUCGCCAAGACGCCGAUCUUGGUAGAUUACAACAGGAUCACAAAGGCCAACAUCUCGAGGGUCGCCGGGGUGCUCCGAUCGUUCGACAUUACCGUUAAGCUUUCGACUGAGCUGGAACACACCUUUACCUCGGUCAACAAGGACGAGUACAAGCACGUCAAGGAGUACCUGACGAGCAAGAAGGUCAGGGUCCAUGAGAUCGGGGAGGACACUUCGAGGAGGGCCUUGGAGGCUUUGGAUCUGGGGUCGGAGGAAGAGCUGGACGAUAGUGAUGAGGACCGACGGGGCAAGACCAAGAGUCAGGGCAGACGCGAAGGGGAUGAGGAUGAGGAUUCCGAAGAUGACGGGGACUUUGAUGACGAGUCGGCACCCAGCUCGCCAGAGGAUACCGACAACGACAGCGACGACGAUGGCGGUGCCGAGAGUGACGUGACAGACGACAUGGUCGAGGCGGCCAAAAAGAAGAAGGCCGCUGGCGGAAAGAAAAAGGCAGUUGCUGCUCCUGUUGCUGCCCCAACAAAUGGAUCGAGUAAGGCGGCUGCGACGAAGGAGAAGGGCAAGGCCGAUAAAGACAAGGCGAAGAGCAAGGAGACGAUCGAAGAUAGCGAUGACGACGCGAUGGAUGUCGACGGCGGGAGCGAUGGCGAGCCGGCCCAGAAGAAGCAGAAGACGGCCUAAGGUCCUGCUUCAUCCUUGGCUUUGUAUUUUAUGUCACAGACGAUAUGUCAUACCACUAUGAAUCGCUUGUCAUCAUCUCGCUCAUCAUCCAGGCCUUCAUAUACAGUACUCGCGGUCUGCAACACCGACUUCGAAACCUGCAAAAUCCGAGCAACACAGUUUCGGAGUC